AUGGUUCUUUUGUGGAUUAAACUGGCCACAUGUGAAUGUUUGUCCGGCAAAUGGGAAAACAUGCAACCAUUGUCACAAGCAAAACCAUUUUGCACGAUGUUGUAAAUCGAAAAUUUCAGCUGGACAGCGUGAAAGUAAGCUUCCUCAGAAAUCCAAUGAACGAAGAUCCCAAGUGAAACAAAUAGACGAACAAGGUACGAAUUCAAGCUCAGAUGAAUAUGUUUACACAAUAAAAAAACAAACCCCUGAUACGAACAAAGUCGUUUUAACAUCUAUCACUACUUCACCCACAGGAGGAACUGUUAAUGAAGUUAACAGUGACUGUCGAAAACGAAAUUUCUACACCCAUAUUAAAAUCGAUGACAUAACUAUUCGUGUAAACAUUGAUUCUGGUGCCAGUGUAAAUAUUAUCGAUAAUACUAGUUUUGAGAAAUUAACACGCCAGAACAACAUCCACUUGAUGAAAAGCAAAAUAAACCUUUUUGCUUUUGCCACUAACACACCCCUCGACAUCAAAGAGUAUUUCGAAGCUUCAGUUGAAUCAGGAACAAAAAUUACCACAGCCCAAUUUUAUGUGAUAAACACUGAUGCUGGAUGUCUAAUAAGUGGAAACACUGCAAUUGAUCUUGGGUUAUUAAAGCUAAACAAAAUUACAUUUGUUACAUCUCGACCUGAAACCCAUCAACCUAAGAAAAAUGCUCCAACAAAUAGCAAGUCUAGACCUAAAAGAUUGAGAACCUUAUUUUCGAAAUAUGAUCAUUUAUUCCAAGGAAUCGGAAAAGUCCCAGAUUACAAAGUCCAUUUACACAUUGAUAAAACUGUCCAACCCACAAUUCAAAAAGCCCGCAGAAUCCCAUUUACAAUGAGAACCAAACUAUCAGAAGAACUGCGACGUCUUGAAUCAUUAGAUAUUAUUGAAAGUGUAACAGGCCCCACGUCGUGG